GGUGCAGGUCAGGUUGUUAUGGUGAGGCAUUUCCCCUGAGGGCUGGCAGGCAGGAGCUGGAGCGGUGGACAGCAGCUGACUCGGUUUUCACAGCCGCAAAGCUGAACAGGAGCCGCCGCCGCCGCUGCUGACAGCCACCUCAACAGACUGGAUCACAAAGGAGCAGCUAACUACAGCCUCUCUACUGUCAACACUUCACCUGAAGAAUGUUCAUCAACAAGAAAAAGCCAUGCAGUGUUUACUGAGCACCUCAAUUGGAUUUAUGAAAUAAUCUGGUACUGGAGAGGACAUGGUCUGAAUCCUGCAUCUGUUGUCAGUGAGCGUCCCAGUUCUGUCUGCAUAAUGCACAUGUUUGUUCAUCGCCAGUGGAUUCUGACAUCACCGCCCCCUGUUGAGUCCAGUUCUUGGACAUUAUCAGCCCCAAAUUAAACCCUUUGGGGAAGAGAGCGAGUCCACAAAGCUGAGAGUUUGUGUUCCAUCUCUCUUCUCUUUUUGUCUCCUUGAUUGUAUUAUUGCAAGAUCAUUUACAGGUGAAAUGGAAAGGACUGAAAGUUUGCAGAAGCUAGCACUUUUUCCUUUCGGUAAUAAGUCAACAGCAUUUCAUUUUGGUCCAAUAAAAGUUUUUAUAUAAAACAUUGAUAAAAACCCCAAUUGUAAUCAUGGAGAUAUUUAGAGAAAAAGCAACUUGACUUAAUUUAUUUUUCAUCACUUCCUUUUUUUGUAAUUUAUUUAUUUAUGUACUAAAAAUCUAACCCCUUUUUUAUGUUCUGCUAAACAUUGUGAUGUAGUUCUUUGACCUAAGAGAAGACUAAUACAAAGUUUUGAAAUCACUAAAAGAAACUAAUCUCGGAGAACGAGCCGAACACAGGCACGAAAUAGCCAGAACCCUGGUCGCCAUGGCAGCAGACCACGGCGAACUGCUGGCUGAGAUGGCCACGGUCGGGCGUCUGAGUGCCACGGAGCGCCUGAAGCACGCCCAGAAACGCCGCGCCCAGCAGCUGAAGGCGUGGGCGCAGAUGGAAAAGGACGCGUCCCGAGGAUCCAGGGCCAAAGCGGACAAGAAGAAGAAACGCACUACAAAAGUAAAGUUUCCCAACUCUAUCACGUUGCUGGAAGCAGCGGCCCGCAAUGACGUUGAGGAGGUGAGAGAGCUGCUCAACAGCGGUGUCAGCCCAGAUCUGGUCAAUGAGGACGGACUGACAGCCCUGCAUCAGUGCUGCAUUGACGACUUUGUGGAGAUAGUUCAGUGCCUGCUAGAUGCUGGUGCCUCUGUGAACGCCUGCGACAGUGAGCUGUGGACGCCGCUGCACGCUGCUGCCACCUGUGGACACACUGGACUAGUGCAGCUCCUCGUUCAGGCUGGAGCCAACCUGCUGGCCGUCAACGCAGACGGCAACAUGGCCUAUGACCUCUGUGAGGAUGAGGCUACGCUGGAGCUGCUAGAGAUGGUUAUGGCUGAGCAGGGGAUAACUCAGAAGCGGAUAGAUGAAUGCAGAGGAGCGAAAGAGCUGGCCAUGCUUGCUGACGUGGAGGCUUUGAUUAACACCGGAGCAGAUUUAAGUGCACAAGACAACAAUGGGGCGACGCUGCUCCACAUAGCAUCUGCCAAUGGCUACAUGUCUGUAGCAGAGCUGCUAGUCGACCAAAGGGCUCAGCUGGAGCUGAAAGACUCUGACGGAUGGACGCCGCUUCACGCUGCCGCCUGCUGGGGACAGAUCCAAGUGGUGGAGCUGCUGGUGGCUCACGGAGCCAAUCUGAACUCCAAGUCUGUUUUAGAUGAGACGCCGCUCGAUGUGUGUAUUGAUGAGGAGGUCAGAGCCAAACUGACGGACUUGAAGAACAAACACGACGCCAUCAUGAAAAGUCAGGACAAGCAGAAGGGCACGCUGCAAAGACGAGUGUCCAGCACUGGAAGCAGAGGGAAGGUUGUGCGUCGGGUCAGCGUGAAUGAACGCUCCAGUCUGUACCGCCGGGAGCACCACAGGGAGGCCAUCGUCUGGCAGGAGCCGGCGACCACACCUGAACCGCAGGACGACGACGAGGACAGACAGACUGACAUUGAGCUGCUUCAGCAUGCUCACAUGGUCGCUACCGGAGCAGCAACGACACGCUUGGAGGAACUGGAGGUUGCCGACAGAAAGAUCGCGUCAUCUAGCGUGGGGAACGGGGAGACGUCCGUGUCUCUGGCUUCCUCUGUGCCUGGCGAGCUGUGGAGCGGCGGGGGCCGCAUGGAUCGCAGCGGCACCUACGAGCUCAGUCCUGCGUCCGGGCAAGCGGAGGGCGAGGGCGCGGACAGCAUGACUCGGGAGAAAUCGCACCACACCCUGGCCGACCUGAAGCGCCAGCGCGCGGCUGCCAAGCUCAAUAAGUAUCCUGCACCUCCUCCCCCGCUGCCCUCCACCGCCGAGGUGGAGGAGCCUCCUGUCGCCGCGACGACCCCUCAGCCUCAACCACAAAUCCAAACGAUCCCGACUCCAGAGCAGUCGUCGUCUCCCAGUCAGGUGUUCUUCACCCCAGCCAGCGGAGAUCCUCCCUUGCUGAAACUGCGGGCCCCUGAGGAGGAGCAGACCAACAACAAGGAGCCAUGCUGUGGUCUCAUGUAGCUGCGCUCUGCUGCCUGCAGGGGGCAGAAGCACUCCAAAGUGACAAAACACAUUUAAAAACAGACUUGAUUGCAAUGCAUCACUGAAGACUGUCAGUUUAGGCCUCAUGCAAUCUGAUCUCACAACAGAACGUGUAAUGACUACGUUGGUUUAGAAAUUCAAUACGUAGAUUCUCUAAAAGUAAUAAACCACAGAGAUAAAGCUUCUGACUCACUAAGGAAUUAAAGUGCCUUGCAAAAUUAUUUACUACAUUUUUUUUUUUCAUCUUUUAUCAAACCACAAACUUUACUAUAUUUUAUGGGGAUUUCAUCUGAUGUCCACUACCUUGUGUUGGCCUAACUAUGUAGUGGAUAGAAAAGGAGAAAUGGUUGCCAAUGUUUCAUUUUUUUCUUUAUUAUAUACAAAUGCAGAUCUGACCUUUGGCUCAUAUUUGUACACUUUGUAGAACCAGCUUUUGCUGUUGUUGCCGCUUUUAUCUCUUACCAGCUUUGCUCAUCUAGAGAUUAGUCUUUUUCACAUUUUUCAUUACGAAUUAGCUCGAGUUCAGUUAUUCUGACACAUGCAGAUGCUUUUUCGGAGUUACUGGUUUGUUGCUCUGGCUGUGUGUUCAGAAGUUGAUUUUCGACCUCAGACUCGGGUUUCAUGGCAUUGAUAUAUAUGUAUAUAUAUAUAUUUUUUCCCACAUUUUUCUGUGUUUAGGCUCGUUCAUCUCCCCAUCAAUCUGACCAGCUUUUCUAUCCCGGCUGACAAAAACUAUCCCCAAAGCAUUAUGCUGCCACCACUAUGUGUCAUGUUAGUGGUGGCACUAACAUGACACAUGUUAGUGCCAUGUCCAAAAUUCAAGGACAUUCUUUCAAUAACAGUUUCUUACCAGUCUUUCAUAAAAGAAAAGAUUAGUUGAGAGCACCACUUACAGCUGCCUUGUCAACAGAUUCUCCCAACUUCAUCUUCAUGAUGCUGUUUCUUAUCUAAUAUUCUCUUAUUAAGUCCCAUUAUUCAACAGGUGACUGAAAGCACUUGGCUGCACUGAAUUUUGUGUAAGGCUAUUAGAUUAAAAGCAGCUGAGCACAAAAUCACACCACACUUUAUUUGUACACACAUUAAAGACGUUCAUCGUUUUCAUUCAGUUUCUGUUGUAAAUCACAUAAAAUCCUAUCAAAAUGCAUUUGUUUGUGGUUUUAAUGUGACAAAAUGUUAACAGGUUUAAGUACCUUUGUAGGGCGCCGGACAAGGCUUUAAUAAAUGGUGACAGUAUCAACGGUAGUUGGCCAAAACUACUGUAAUAUGUGAUGUAAAAACUCAUUGGUGGGCGCUUUUCACCAUAUUUUAAUCCCCCUCCCCCCAUUUGUUUGUGCUUUCUUAAAUACUUUACCCUCAUUCAUAAAUAAUUGGGAAAGGAGAAUUAAAGUACAUCUUUAAAAUCAUGAUUUGGUUUACAUUUUAGUUUGAGAUACUCGCAUAUAGUCUACUUCUACUUCUAAACAUGUUUGCACUGUUAAGCAUUAAACACAGUUUAAUGCCCAUCAUGCCUAAUGGCCUAAUGUCCCACCAGGCCAUGCACGGCUACAGCCUGGCCUGGUGACACAUUUCCUUCUCAGAUUUUUAUUCCAAAACAUUCGAAAUACGGAGGAACGUUCUCAUUGCACGUUGUCUGGUGAGACUGGGCUGCCCCGUGCCAAUAGUGGUUUGAUGUCCAGUUUGUUUAGUUCACCCAUGUUUCUUCUUCUCCAGUCACCUACACACUCCAGCUUUGCCCCCUGCUGGGAGGCAAUCAUUUCUGUUGAAUGUAACGUUUUCACUUGAGCUCAGGAGAACUCCAGUGUCCAGUUUGCCUAGAAAUGUGAGUCGGCAUGAACAUGAAGUUGUCUACUUCAUCUAAUAAUUUCUCUUGAUACGGAAAGAGGUUUUCUUUAAUGUAUGUGGAUACAUUAAAGAGUUUUUUUUUUAUGUUUGGAUUUCUGAAUGAUUUACAGCUUUGUAUUUUGAAUUUAGAAAAAUGUUUGUUCUUUACCAUUCAAAAAAUGUACACUUCAAUAUUGUAAUGGCGCAAUUUGUACAUUUAUUUUCCUUUGAUAUGAAAUUAUUUCUCUUUAAAUCAAUGUACAAUUUACAUUUGUCAAAACCUGAUCUCCGUUCUUCUGUCAGUAUUUGUUUUUCUACUCUCAGAAUUGAAUCACAUUUAUUUAUUUGUCUUACUUUGGAGGGGGGGAAAAGAACAUCUUUAAAAGAUGACAUGAAGGAAAAACUGAAAGAAAAAUAUUUUUGCAUUCACAUAAUGAUCAAAGAGUUAUUUAAUUGUCACAUUGAUAAUCAGAGUUCUGUGCCUUCAUUUUGUGGCUGGUUUUAACAUUGGAUUGCAAUUGGUGCACAAUGACCCACAAAUGACGUCGGUGAGCUUUGAGAUGAAAUGUGAUGGACUUGAACAUUUUAAUGUACUGCGUUUACUGUAAAACAUCACUGUUUUAUUUUUAUUGAUUCCUGUUGGGGAAAUAAAGACUUAAAUACA